AUGAAGCUUCAGAAAUGGCUGCUGACCUGCCAUAACCCCCGGGUUGCGCCUGUGCGCGCUUUUAUGGCUUUUAACCACCGACGCUCCACUUCCUCCGCAACACCCUCUACCCAUCGGUAUCGUCCUCUCGAACCCCUCCAGAAUGGUCGUAUAGAUCGUUUCCGCGAACAAUACUUUGUCCCAGAACUCCCUGCGAUUCUCCCGCGCCAGUUCUUCCGCGAUAUUCCCGCCGUCGAGCGCUGGUUUCACCCUGCUACUCAGAAUGAUGAUACCCCACGGUUACGAUUGAACACAGAAUACCUAGAGCAGCACGGGUCUAGCGCAUUCGUUCCCCUAGAACUCACCCAGCCCUCGACCUCCGGACCGACGAAUUCAGAACUUAGCUUCCGCCAAUUCCACGCUCCGCUAAGCCUCUUCCUACAAUGGAUGCAAACCGCUGAAACAAACCCGCAACAAUCCACCCGACUCUACCUAGCACAAUGCCAACUCUCCGACCUACCCCAGAUUCUGCGCGGUGAUUUUCCCGUCCCGGAUCUCGUGGCACGCGCAGGGAGAGGCGAUGUCUACGAUGCUAAUGUCUGGAUCGGACACCCGCCAACGUACACCCCGCUACACCGCGAUCCGAAUCCGAACUUGUUUGUGCAGAUGGCAGGGGAGAAAGUGGUACGGCUGGUGAGUCCGGAUGAGGGCCUGGGAUUGUUUGCGACCGUAAGGCGACAGUUGGGAAAGAGUGGGAAUCGUGAAGCUGCGGCGAUUCGUGGGGAGGAGAUGAUGCAGGGUCCGGAGAGGGCGUUGCUAGAAAAAGUGGUUUGGGGCGAUGCCGACACAUGGAGCUCGGAGAAAGAAGGAUAUGAGGCUCGUCUGGGGCCUAGGGAUGGAUUGUUCAUCCCUAAGGGGUGGUGGCAUAGUAUCAAGGGUGUUGGAGAGGGAGUCACUGCCUCGGUAAGUCUUCUAUCGCACUGA